UAUUCGCACAGUUCGGGAAGGAAGAACAUGAGCUAAGUGCACGCUAGGUCUUUGAUGGGAUAGGCUAUUGCCUCUAUUCUGGGUUUGUUUUUCUCCUAAUAGCCUAAUAUAAUGCUAAGAAUAGAAGAUAAUUCCUUGGAAUGAGAUGGAGAUGCACUUAUCGAAUGCGACCGGUCACAUUUGUUCGGGUUUAACACAAACUAGCCUAAUCGAAAAUUGAAAUAGGUGGCAUAUGGGUAGGCCUACUUUUGUCUUCUGAAAAGGGUAAGCGACAUUGUAAUUAGGAUGAAAUGGCAACGAAAUACCAGCAUGAAAUACACUUGAGAAAAUGUGACAGUUAGACUGAAUAUAGCCUAUUCCAAAUAUCAAAACGUGUGCAUAUAAGAAAUAAUUGAAGACAUCGGUUGUCCUACCUUGACAUGAAGAGGAUUCACUUUUGAAUUAGAGAUCCACUUGUACCAGGGGAUAUGGCACUCCAACCGUUUUUACCAAACACUGCUUCGGAUUUCACCCUCGACGCAAUGCUGUCCCGACAACCUCCGUUUUUUCCUGCCAUUGCAUUAACUUCCCACGGGUCUCUUCACUUGCCUGUUGCGCAAAGGCAUCCCAUGCUGGAUCCGGUCAAUGCUGAAACGAUCCUCCGCAAAGCCUCGCUGGAACCGCUUAAUGCAACCCAGUCUGCCAAGCUCAGUCCUCCUAAAACGCUGGAGACGGUAGCCACGGAGGAUGAUCCAAAAGUUCACUUGGAUGCAAGGCACCUUUGGACACAAUUCCACAAAUUCGGCACUGAAAUGGUCAUAACAAAAUCAGGAAGGCGCAUGUUUCCACCGUUCAAAGCAAGAUGUACUGGCUUGAACCAAAGGGCAAAAUAUAUUUUGCUCAUGGACAUUGUGGCGGCCGACGACUUCAGGUACAAGUUUCACAACUCCCGUUGGAUGGUGUCAGGAAAGGCAGAUCCUGAGAUGCCAAAGAGGAUGUACAUACACCCAGACAGUCCCGCUUCUGGCGAGCAAUGGAUGUCAAAAGUGGUCAAUUUUCACAAACUAAAAUUGACAAACAACAUCUCGGACAAGCAUGGGUUUACGAUUCUUAACUCAAUGCACAAAUACCAGCCCAGGUUUCACGUUGUGAGGGCCAAUGACAUCCUCAAACUACCUUAUAGCACGUUCAUGACCUAUGUCUUUUCUGAGACAGAAUUCAUUGCUGUAACUGCAUAUCAAAACGAUAAGAUCACACAAAUGAAAAUUGAUAACAAUCCUUUCGCCAAAGGAUUCCGUGACACUGGCAAUGGCAGAAGAGAAAAAAAGAAACAAUUGGGGAUAAAUAUACAAAAGUUCAGUGAAACCUCUGGUGACUCUUUGGAUGAGGCUCCACUGAAAAGCGCAGGAAAUGCAAAAUCAACCGAGGGCUGCCAAAGUGACAACGAAAGCGGUCAAGAAAGCAAACAUUGGAAUAAUGUUGGACAAGACUUGCGAAAAAUCUCAACCACCACAGAGGAACUGAAACCUGAGUCAAAUGUUACCACAUUCCACGACAAAACGGACAGGGCUUCAACGAACUCACUUAGGACCGAAACAGACUCAGAGGAUCCAAAACAGGACCAUAUAAACUCCAUAACUGGUGGUAUGACACGUUGCUUUGGAGCAGAGGAUCCGAGGGCAACAGAACACUUCCAGCCUUUAACCGUGGAAACGGACCAACGCGCUCACAUCACAGGCCUAGGACGCAACAAUGUUUCACACUGCUAUUCUUAUCCACCGGAUUGGACAAGAUAUAUUCUCAACCCCUUGGGUGUCGCUCACCGUCUCCUACACAAUGCCCAAGUCAACAUGCAGGGAGAAACUUUAUCCAGUGUAGCAGCAACAGCAAUGGGGCACAUGCUGAUGGCUGUGUCAUCUGACGGAGUGUGCACCAUGGGAACGGCUGGUAUCCCAGUAUCUUCUGUACAAAGAGUGUCAGGAACGUCAGGAUUACCCUUGAACUUUCAGCAGCAUGCUAUGGCAUCGCAGGGCCUCACGGUUUCUCCUUUUGGUGCUAUUUUCCCCUAUCCCUACUCCUAUUUGGCCGCAACGGCUGCUCUCUCCACCACAGCAUCAACCCCAGUGCAUCGCCGCCAAGUGCGCCCCCCUACCCGGUUUAGACCAUACUCCAUUCCCAAUAGCGUAGGCCUACCAGACAACUGUUCGACGCCCCCGACAUCUAUUCACCUUAUGACUGAUAGAGACGUGAAUUGUCACACUAUUGCAAAUAGUCCGAUUGCUGCUCCAUUGGACUGUAGGCCUAUGUCAGAGGUAAACAGCGAUUCCUCGCUACAGGGUUCUGGUGCGUCAGCGGCAAAACGCUUGUCCAACAAGGAUUGCAUGGAUCAGCUUCAAUGUAUACAAGAGUUGGUCAGGGGUAUAGACUCCUAUCAAGACAGAGACUCAUAUUCCUAGGUCAUAAAUCUAACAAACUGAUUCAAAUUGAGCAAUUUUUUUUCAUAGCCUGAUGAAUGAAGAUUGAGGUGUUUGCUAUCAUACCAAACGGCAUUUUAACAUUUCUAAUGCGGAAUGUAUACAUAAUAGAUAACAUUGUUUGAGUCUGUGAAUUAUGGUUGCGCUUGUGUGUUGAUGAUACUGUAAUUUGUUCACUGAUGGCACUGAAGUUUAUUUGCAAUAAAUCCCCAAUGUUUUUAUAUAUCACUCAGCCCAGCCCAGCCAUGCAAUGAACCGCUAUAAACCACUGUAUUUUACAACCAAAGCACGUGUGUUGUUCAAAUAUGAUUUAUUUCGUGUUCUUGACAAAAUAGUUAAGGAAAUUUUGAAAAUUCGUUUUAUAUAACCAUUAAUUUUUUUAUGGAGGAAUGUUUUUGCUGACUUGUUAAACAUUGAAAAGUCAAUGGCGUGGCUUCGGUCAGUUAAUCAAUAUCAUUUGCAGUUUCAGUAAGAUAGUGUCAACAUAACUAUUUCAUGUCGUGAUGUGUGUUUUGUCCAAUAAAAAUAAAAAAACGUUAAAAAAAUCUUUAAUCCCAGCCCC